CCCGGGGGCCGGGCAGAAGCAGCGGCAGCAGUCUGUCGGUCCUGCUAUAGUUCUCAAAAAUUACUGCUAGCAGUCAGUAGCGGAGUCGCAGCUCUUGUAUGCUGCUGUGCCGUUGUGUGUCAUUUUGUGGCCGUUGAUGGGAGCGCGGUUUCAGGUCUCUGGUGUGAUGGAACUAGACAAAAUGGACGAAAACGACUGGAAGUAUCACGGAGAAGGAAACAAGAGCCUGGUAGUGUCACACGUACAGCUUUCCAGAGUUCUGCGCCUCCUCAAGUAUCCUGCAGAGGACUCCGAAAACCCUCCACAGACAGCAGAGCAGGCCUACAGGCAGAUCCAGAACAUUGUUGACUUCAGCUCCAAUGUGAUGAGCAGCCUACUUGGGGAGAAGUUCAUCCACAGUGGGGAAGUGGUUAAACUGCCUCUCGAAUUUGUGCGGCAGUUAUCAAUCAAAGUUCAACAUCAACGACCAGCGUGGCGCUGUGAUAAAGUGAUGGACAUCUACAGUGGCUGUGCUCUCUGUCUGCCCAACCUGACAUCUCCAGCCCUCCAUCAGCCAACACACACUCCCCCACUCUGCAUCGAGAUCAAGCCUAAAUGUGGUUUCCUGCCGUCCCCCAAACAUGUCAGCAAAGACAUCAAGACCAAAGUGUGUCGCUACUGCAUGCACCAACACUACAAGGUGGCCAACGGGAAGUGGAAGAGACGCAGUUUUUACUGUCCGCUCGACCUGUUCUCAGGGAACAGACAGAGAAUGCACUUUGCCAUCAAACACCUGAUAGAAGAACCUCAGAACAACUUUAAAGUAUUCAAGGGCGGUCAGUGUAUUUACAGCAGUAAGGAGGGCAGUGACGACUCACCGGACAUGACCUCUCUGCUGCAUCAUCUCAGACCUUACUUCCUGUACGCAAACAACCGAAUCAACAGUCACAUGACCAGCAAAGCGGUCCUGAACGACUUCAUCCAGGUGCUGGUGAACGCCCUGCUGAGCGGUGGAGGAGGAGUCGGCGGCGUGGUGACAGACCGACGAGCAGAGGAGCGAAGUUUCUGUGAGGCCAGCAUCUUCAACAAAGAGAGGAUUCGGCACGGCUCCCGGGGUUUACCCAGUGACAGCGUCUUGUUCAGGAUCCUUCAGACGCAGAUGUUGGACACGUUGGACAUUGAAGGACUUUAUCCUCUUUACCGCCGAGUGGAGCAACACCUGCAGGACUUCCCCAAAGAGAGGACUCGUCUUCAGAUAGAAGGACCGUACAACGAAGCAUUUUUGGAGAAGCUGCAGAAAUGUCCGGCAGAGGACGACGGAUCUGUGGAGUAUGCUGUUGCUAAGGUCCAUCAGUACCGUGUGGCCAUGACAGCCAAGGACUGCUCCCUCAUGGUUGCUCUUGUGCCCAGCGGUGAGGAGGAGCAGGAGGACAAUGAAGGUCAGAGGCAGCUCAGGGACUUCAGACCUCCUGCCUUCUCCUACUCUGUCUCCAUCUUGGAUUUGGACCCGAAGCCAUUUGACAGCGUCUCCCGCCAGCUGCGUCUGGACCAGAAGAUCGUCUCCUGUUACCUGAGGACUGGCGGUGCCUUGCCAAAGGGCUCUGUGAGGGACAGAGAGGACUGCACGCUGCUCUUCCACCCCAUGUGAACGCCCAGUCUGACUCCUGAAGAGGAGGAGGCCUGCAGGACGCCGCCCUGAUGCCUCUCACAAAUAGGAGACGCUACGUCGGUGGGGUUUAGACUCCCCUCUGAGCAGAGCUGCAGCUCCUCAUGGCGGCAGGUGUCAGCUCAGGUGGCUGCUGAUGCUCAGCAAAAAAAAAAAUUCCAGGAGGCCACCUCUGAACACAAACAUCUGAGUGACCUCCAGGUGUUUGUGUUACUGAUUAGAGCAUUUGUGUUGCCCUGAUCAGGAGGUGAAUUCAAACAUCUGUCACGCUGUAUUAGAAACCUCACAGGGGGCUUCUUGUGCUCCAUUUGGUGACGGUCAUGAAUUCACCUCCAGAUCCACACAUGUGGCAGCGGUGCAGAAGACGGAGGGGGGGAAAGAAGGCAGAGUGGAGGUUGCUGGGCUGAUGUCAGUUCUUGAACGUAGGUGUUGGGUGUCUGUCCUCUGAUGCAUCGCCAUCCCUCUGCUCGCUUUACUUUCAUUGAACGUCAGCGGCCCGGUUUCACGCCGAGCGCUUCAGCUCACCUCGUAACCAGUGAGACGAGGUGAUUCUGUGUUUGGUCGUAAGCAAAGCUUCGCUUCUGUCUCCCAAACUCCCAUCAGCUUAAUGUGCUAAAAAUGGAAAAGCUCAAAUAGUGAAGCAGCAAAAUUUUUGUUUGUGUCCCUCUGGGGCCACUUGAAGUUUCAAAUUUGAUUAAAAGUGGCAAUCAUAAGAGUGUAUGUGCCAGUUCAGGAAAGUUUUCCCUCAAAUAUCAAGUCCCUGAAAUGUUUACACUGAACUCACCUCCUUGAUAAAUGUAGUUAAUUAAAAAAGGACAGUACUUCCAAAGGAAGUGCGUACAUUUCUGCUUCCACUACAGUAAUGUUGUGUUUUUGACGCUCACAGUGGGUCUUUGUGGGGACACACGAGUAAUAAAGAGCAAAAAGAAAUUUUAUUUCUGACAUUUGAAUUUAGAACAAACUGACAAAAAUUAACCCGAAAGUGCAAAACAGUUAAAAAAAAAAAAAAAAAUUUUUUUUAAGACUUCCGGAUUAGGCCCCCUGCUGGCCAUUAGAAGGAAUGGCAGUUGAACGCACUCAGAGCUUCACUCUUCAGUUUUGCUAAUGCUUUAUAUGCAGUCUGAUCAACACUGAGCUGCAUGAAACGGGAUUUCCUGGGAGAAUAUAUUUGGGUAAAGCGAUCCUUUAAGGUUCAUCUGUGCCUUUCUCAGAGAUGAAACCUGAUUUUUGUUUAGAGGACAGAACAUUACUGUUAAAGUAGAAGCUACAUUUCAGUUCAAACUAACCUGGUAACUAAGUUACAGAACCGUUACACUUUGGCCCCUCAUAAAGUUCAUUAUCUUUUAGUGGGCUCAGGGAUCUUCUGUCUGAUGCAUGAGGUUUGAGCCUCCCAUCAUUCUCAUGUGUGAUCACUCUACUGGUCCACAAACAGCAGCAUGGCUUUUAUUUGCAGUCUGAUCACUGUGAUCAGUAUUUAAUCAUUACAGCAUCAGAACUUACCACCACGUUAAGGUGAUUUAACUGAGUGAAACAGCUAAAGGUUCAUUUAUGGCCCUGUGUUGAAUCCCACUGUAGUAAUAAUCUAAUCAUAAACAAUGAACAAUGAACUUUUACUACAGUCUCACCACUCAGCAGACAUCUCGUUAAGACCGCUGAGCACUUUGUGCAUGUUUAGAGUCACAAACUGCUUAAAACGUUUGCUAGCUCUGCUCCAAAAUUAGCCUUACAAAAACCAGGAAAGCGUGCACUCUGCAUUUAAUUAGGAAUGCACCCAUCCACCUUUUUCCAGUCGCAGUAUCAUGCAGGUAUGAAUCUGAAAGGCAACAUCAGGCUCAGCGUAAACACUGCAUGGCUAAGUUUUUUUUUUUAAAUAAAAUGUAACAAAUACAUCUAUAACUACAAAUUUACUACAGGACAAAGACAGAAACGAUCAACCAUUCAGGUGUGAAAUGCCUCCUUGCUGCGCUGGCUCGUCAUCUCGAACCAAACAAACUGUUUUCACGAUACCAAGUUUGUGAGUCAGGGUUCGGGGGUGCAUCCCGACAUUAAAAGCAUUCUCUGUUUGUGUCAUACUAUGGUCAUGCAAAACAUGACCAGGAGAGAACUUCCCAUUAACUCUAAUUUUAUGAAUAAUUUGAAAAAGAAAAACGAUGCAAACCACAAACUGGGGCUCGGCCAUCAAAUCCCUGCUGCACCGGGGCUGUUAGAGCGACGUGUAGUGGUGUUUCUGGGGAGGUGCAUGUUACUCUGCAGCAUAGAUUUAAUGCAGGUCUAUAAAUGAAGCUCAACGUGGCUGCUCUGCUGCUUGGAGGAGAGUUCAGGGGUUUAAAAGUGAAGCAGGAAAAGUUACGAGGAAGCACUCUGACUCACCAGAGCAAAGGCUGCUGGGUAAUCACUCGAUCCUUUUCAGACAGCCUGAGCUUCAUGCUGCUGCUUUUUGUGCCAUAAGUGGCUUCUUGUUGUCUGUGUGUGUGUGUGCGUCCAUGUGCCUAAAUGUUCUGGUAGGACUGGAAGAUGAGGGCGGGGUGUGGGUGUGUGUGUGUGUUUUGAGAAAACUGUUACAGGCUGCGUUCAUGUGGCGGCGGCGGUUUCUGAGCCGCCGUGAACGCAGCCGUGAACUCUCAGUACCUCGAACUCCUGACAAAGCUCGACAGGUUCACGUGAUGUUUGAGUAACGGUGCGUUCAGGAGCACUGCGGUGGUUUCUGAGGACGAUGACGUCAUCCAUCCUCCUAAACCAGCACAGGCUUCAGAUAAACUGGUAACACUUGACUUCACUUCCUGUUUCCACUCUCCAACCUCAGAGACCUCCAUCACCCAGUCUGAAAACAAACCACACUAAGAGACCGAAAGAGACGGCAGAAAAUCCCCCACACUCCAUUCUACUGCGAUCUCCCUUCAGGCAUCUUUCCUGGAGCUGCACAUUCAUCAGGAAUGCUGUUAAAUCCAAACACUAAGCUGGUUUGAGUCCAGCUCCCUCUAACACACGAGUCAGCCUCUUUGAAUGCCUGAGUUUUAGGGAGGAGGAAGAGUUAAAGUUUGGAGAGUGGACCGCAGCGAACUGAACCAACCACUGAUCGUUUAAACUGUUGGAAUGAAGAUGCCUCGGGCAGCACGGCAGGGCAGCGGGGCCUCAUGUGAUCUCUGAGUGAAAUGGCCGAGGUCUGGAGACGCACACACUUCCUGUUACAUGGACACAGAGCCAACUCAGCCUUGGUGCCCUUUGAGAACCAGCUCACACUUCCACAGGAUCGAGAACUGAAUGUUAGGUAGUAAUCUGUUAUGGGUUCAAGCUAAAACAGAGAGAAGAUAAUUGGGAUUUGUCCCACUCGGUCUUCAGUCCAGCUCAGGAGACUGCUAGAAUGAUGAACACAGCACCAGUCCAAAGUUUGGACACUCAGCUGGCAUCAGUCAUGACCCCCACUCACUUUAAGGUUAAAUGUUUGUUAAAUAAUUGGGAUCACAAUUGUUGACUAAAAUAAUCAUGAUCAUCUGACUGCUAGCAGAUCUGACAGGACCUGCAUCUUUCUCGCCCCUCAAACAGCCACUGAUGUCAGCGGUUUGAUGCUCAUUUCAUGAUUCUGUGCUUCUACAAACGUUCUGCUAUCAGCAGUAAUUUUUGGUGGAAAUGUGUAGAACUGGUUCUAGAUCGGGCUCCGGCGCUGUGAAAAAGUAACAGACCGCAGUUUGUCUACAAACUGAGGAAAUGCAUCAAAACUUGCGGCUCAUUAAGGUCAUCGCUGUAUAUGACAGCCCAAAUUUGUUAAUUUUAAAGAUAAAAAAAUAUCGUCCAUCGAUUAACUAACACUAUAACCACUAAACUAAUUUCAUUUAUUGAUGGACUCCAACAGUUUAGGAUCCAAACAUCCUACUUUCACUUUGUAAUUCAGAAGUUGAAAACAAACUUCUAAACGAUGUCCUUGUCCAGACCUCUUUGCCUCCCAGGCGAGCUGCAGCCCUGCUGCUGUCCGAGUGUCGGCCUGCAGAAAUAUCACAGCACUGUGAUACCUACAGACUUGUAAUAACUGCGUAUGUGUAAAUAGCUGAGAGGAGACAAACUAUCUGAAAUACAAAGGUGACACUGCUGUCCUCAUUUUGUAUUUAAAUUAUUUAUUUUUGUAGAUUUUGACCCGUGAGCUCGGCUGUUACAGCUGUAAUAGUCGUGUUCUUUCUAUUGAAAUAAAGAUUUCUAAGAGACUAAACCAUCGUCUGUGCGUU